AUGUCUCGCCUAGGAGGCCGGCUUUUGGAUCGCUCAUUCUUCACAGGUCCUUCCUUCCAGCGAGCUUCUUCCCCUGUGCGGCAACUCACUCAAUCGAAUAUCCAACCACUUGAUCUAAAUAUCAAGUUCGAGGAAGAAACACAUCCAGGAUACACCGCAGAGAACUCAUAUCCUGUCAACAUUGGCGAGGUCUUUCAGUCUAGGUACCAAGUCAUUGGCAAACCAGGGUUUGGGGGAUACUCGACGUUCAUCAAUGAGUACCAAGGUAGACAGCACAAAUAUGUCACAUUGAAAGUGUUUGAACGAGACUCAACCGAAGGAAAAAGAGAAGUCGGGAUCUACGAUCAUAUUAACUCGGUCAAAGCCUCCCAUGAUGGUGCCAUGUUUGUUCGCACAGCGCUUGACACCUUUCAGAUCGGCGAUGCGAAAGCACGUUAUCAGCACCCGGGCGUCUUUCGCAGGUGGUGUUUCCUUCCUAACACGCUCUUCUUAGACAUACAGGAAAGGAAUACCAUGCUUGGUAUUGAGGAUGAGUCAGUAUUAGCAGAGUUUGAGCAAGCAGAGAAAUCCAAUCCUAGUCCCCGAAAGGUUGUUGGCGAUCGGGUGAUCUAUGCAUCUCGCGAACUCAAGAAGACGAACAAGCACGGCCGACCUGUUUUAUGGGACUUUGGCCAAGCUCGUUUUGGGUCUGCAUAUCAUGAAAAGGUUGAUAUUUGGAAUCUCGCGGUUGUCACAUGGGAUCUUUUCCAACAGGGGCAUCUAUUCUAUGCUAGGGAUUCAAACAAGGAACACUGGAACGCCCCUCACAUCGCUGAGAUGAUGGCGAUUCUUGGACCAUCACCCAAAGAGAUGCUACUGAACAACGACUAUGCCAAAACGUUCUUUGAUUCAGACGCCAAUUGGAAGGGAGCGGCUCCCAUUUCAUCAACCACCUUGCAGCAGCGGGGUGGAAACCUGCAAGGUGAACAGCAACAGCUCUUUCUUGUUUUCAUGCGCAAAAUGCUUCAGUGCCGGCAGAGGAAAGAAGUCCCGCAAGAGAACUCUUGGCAGAUCAGUGGCUACUUUCGCCAUAAUUGA